AUGCCUUUCAAACCAUUCCGGCCACCGCUUCAGAGAAAACCACAGCCCUCAAACCCAACGCAAGGCACAGCGGCUGCUGGGCCAUCCCCUCGAGAUGACGAACCUUUGCGCAAACGAAGACGGAUUAUCGGUAGCGAUGAAGAUGAUGACGAUAGAGUGGUAGACUCGGAAGAAGAACCCUUGAAGCAGAAGCCACUCGUUGACAAAUCCAAACCUACGCCAGCUCAGAGUAAUAGACUGGGCUGUCGAAUGCCAUUGCAUGGUAUAGGCACUGCGAAUGAAUCAGAUGGCAAUGACAAAGAGGCAUAUUAUAAUGUACUUUGGCGUAAACCUACGGCAAAGAAAAAUAAAACAUGGGAUGGUGAUGGAAUCAUUAUUGUGCGAGGAGGCUAUGGAUACCUGCAAGAUAUAUCCGGGAGAGACAUGGGGAAGGUUAUGUUGAAGCUUUCUAGCCUUGAACCCGGGGUUUCUUUAUCAAUCGGUGGCAAAGACGUCGAAGUAGACUCGGCACUCACCCGGACGGAAUACCUCACUAGUUGUUAUUCAAAAGGAGGAACUCCAUCAUCAAAGAAUGAGGAUGGAAACCUGGCUGGGAAUGGUGCAACUCGGCCAACUGCCACCGUUACAUCUACCCGUUUUAACGUCCCAAAAUCGGGUACAAAGAUCUCAUUAAAUGACUUAAAAGACGCGUCUAAAAAGACACUCAACGUCUCUGCGCCACAAAGUGCUGCUACAAACAAUUCCUUUAAGAACCCUUUGAAAAACUCUACUGUGAUGCCGCUAAAACCAAAUGGAGAGCUUCCUACCCCUAGGCAUGACCCUACUCUACCCGGCGCAGUGGUAAUGAAACGGCCAGACUCAGUGCCGCCUGGGAAACAGGUAGUCGACGUUGUGGUUGACCCAAUCUUAGGGAAGCACCUACGGGAACACCAGCGAGAAGGAGUUAAAUUCCUUUAUGAGUGCGUCAUGGGAUUACGCUCCUUUAACGGUGAAGGCGCUAUUUUGGCUGACGAAAUGGGGCUGGGGAAAACCCUACAAACAAUCGCCUUGAUCUGGACGCUUCUGAAGCAGAAUCCCAUAUACGGGUCUCAACCCGUAAUUAAGAAGGCGCUCAUUGUUUGCCCAGUGACUCUCAUUAAUAAUUGGAAAAAAGAGUUUAAGAAAUGGCUAGGCAGUGACCGAAUUGGUGUUUUUGUGGCUGAUGGAAAGAGCACUAGACUAUCAGACUUCACCAUGGGACGAAGUUACAGUGUUAUGAUUAUUGGAUAUGAAAGGUUACGGUCAGUGCAGGAACAACUAACCAAGGGAUCUGCUAUUGAUAUCGUUGUUGCUGAUGAAGGACACCGGCUGAAAACUGUUCAAAACAAGUGUGCUCAGGCCAUACAAUCGCUGAAUACCACACGUCGAGUUAUUCUUUCGGGAACGCCAAUCCAAAAUGAAUUGAGCGAGUUCUUUGCCAUGGUAGACUUUGUCAACCCUGCCCUUCUGGGAACGUUUAAGUCAUUCAUGAAGGAAUUUGAAGGCCCCAUUGUUGGAGCUAGACAGCCAAAUGCUCCUAAAAAGGUUAUUGAAAAAGGGAAGGCGAGGAGUGAAGAACUGGCCGAACUAACGUCUCCUUUCAUACUUCGUCGGACGGCCGAUAUUCUUUCAAAGCAUCUGCCACCAAAGACUGAAUAUAUAUUGUUUUGCAACCCUACAUCUGCUCAGAAAAACUUAUAUCGUCAUGUUCUCGCCUCCCCUCUCUUCCAAUCUGUGUUGAGAAACUCGGAAAGUGCUCUACAGCUCAUCACUAUUCUGAAGAAACCUAAAUUAGAGGAUGACGGGAAAGGCGAGGACACAUCUAUGAGUGCAUUUAUAUCCUCUCUCCCGCAUAACCUCCACCGCUGCCUUUCUGCGGGGUCUAGUGGAAAGAUCAGAGUUCUUGACCAGCUACUCUACAAUUUGCGCAAUAAGACAACAGAGAAAGUGGUCCUAGUGUCAAAUUAUACCUCUACUCUUAACCUACUAGCAAACCUUCUGACUUCUCUGGACCUACCGUUCCUGCGCCUCGACGGCUCUACACCAGCCACAAAACGUCAGGCACUUGUCGACGAUUUCAAUCGUUCUUCGCCCUCUGCUUGUUUUGCAUUCCUGCUUUCCGCUAAAGCUGGCGGUACGGGAUUAAACUUGAUUGGAGCUAGCAGACUUGUCCUUUUCGAUGUUGAUUGGAAUCCAGCAACUGACUUACAGGCAAUGGCGCGAAUUCAUCGAGAUGGCCAAAAGAGGCACUGUCAUAUUUAUCGGCUUCUUCUUAAAGGUGGAAUAGAAGAGAAGAUUUGGCAGCGGCAGGUAACAAAACUUGGAUUGGCGGAUAGUGUUAUGGAUCAGAAGGGUGGAAUAGCUCACUUUUCACAAGAGGAGUUAAAAGAUCUAUUCCGUCUGGAUGAAAGCUCUCAGUGUCAAACUCACGAAUUGCUAGGAUGCCAAUGUGGUGGGCAGGGAGUGAUGUCUAAAGAAGUCGAGAAUGAAAACGAACCUAGUGAUGAAAUCUUUUCAGAUUCACUAUCUGAGGACGAAGACGAUAGCGUGGAGAGUUCAGAUGACGAGAUGUCUGAUACUCCUAAACUCAUGAAAGCUUCAGAGCUGAAAUUAUCCGCCGCACAGAUGUCUUCGUCGAAACAACAGCGAGCAUAUGAGAAAGCCAAAAGGAAGUUUUUAAUGCAGUACUCCCACAUCGAUACUAGCUUGUUCAAAACGAGAGAUGUAGCUGCUGAUGCAGGCACAAAUAUUGAAAUCAGUAUUGGGGAUGAAAUUCUAUUUUCAUUGCUUGGAGAAGAGGGCCACGGAGUGGGAUAUCUCUUCAAAAAGAAUGGCUUUGCGAACCCUCCGCUUUUGUCGGAUUAG